AUGAACCAAUAUGUAGUUGUGUGUGACCAUCGAAGAUUUGGUGUAAACUGUUCAUCUGUAUGUAACUGUCGUGAUAAUACAAGUUGUAAUUCUAUAACUGGACAUUGUAAGACUGGUUUAUGCGAUCCAGGCUGGCUUGGCCUCAGCUGUGACAAAGGCGGAAAUCUGAUUCGGAGGAUAAGGCACCAGGUUAGCACACAAAUGUCUUCAGAAGCCAAAAGCACUAACUCGACAUUUGCUGUUGAUGGACAACUAGGCCCUGAUCCGGAUAAAUGUCAAUGUUGUAGUAUAACAAAUAAUUCACCGUUAUCUUGGUGGUUGUUAGAUCUAGGGAAACGAUAUCCGCUGAAAAGCAUAGUAAUUUUUGGAAGGAACAACGAGGAUUCGUAUCAACAACUAAAAGGCUUCAAACUUCUUCUUUUUAAUAACACCGCUGAUGAUAAACCUGAAAUGGUCUUGUCCAAUGACUCCCUACAUACGAUCGAAGAAAAUAGAUAUGAGCUAACAUUGAAUAAUACUUUAGCAAGAUAUAUUAAAAUAGAAAGACCGGGCGUUCUAACACUUUGCGAAGUUAUUGUUAUUGAAGGAAAUUGCAUUGAUGGGACAUUUGGAAAGGAAUGUGUACAAUUCUGUCACUGUGCUGAUAAUAAGCCCUGCCAGACAAUACAUGGUUACUGUCAAUCACCAAUUUGUAAACUUGGUUGGAUGGGCAAGUCAUGUAAUGAAAGCUGCUCUGAGAGCACGUUCGGUGAAGAAUGCAAACAAGUGUGUUAUUGUGAGGAGAGCACUUGUAGCAGCGACUAUGGUAUUUGUCCUGGUAAAUGCAGAUAUGGAUAUCGUGGUGUACAUUGUAACAUAGAGGGUAUAGAAGAAAUAGAAGCAGCUAAGACAGCGGUUCAUUCAUCUUCUGUCGUUAUCGGAGGCUCAGUUGCUGGCGGUGUUGUAGUGAUUGGCAUUUUGUUGUUGUUGGUUGUUCUUAUAUAUAAACAAAGGAUGCAACGAGUCAAACGGAAUGAAAGUGAAAACUACUACAAAACAAUCCAUCGCAAUAUGGCACAAGUAGAUGAUGAGACAACUUACGAUACAAUUGACAUUUCACACGAUAAUCAAGACCAACAGAACGAAGAAGAUAAUGUGCGUGUUACAGGAUUAUGACAUUUCAAUCACAGAUUCAAACUUUUAGAUAUUAGAUAUAUAUGUUCGUAUUAUAUUGUGAUUUUGUUUGUCCAUACUUGAAGUAUGUUCAACCGUAAAGUUGAAAUAAUUUAGUAUUUAGAGUGUGUUUGACAAAAACAAGGGAAGAAUUAUAUGUACGGAUGAGGUACAUGGCAUGCCUGUAUAGAGUAGAUGAUUAAUUGUUCUUAAACAAAGUAUUAUAUUUCAUCAUAUGAAUGUUAGUCAAAAUCAAUAACAGUUCUUUAUUUUGUAAGAAUUAUUUUGAUGGAACAUUGAAAUAAUAAAUUUCUUUUUCAUCAAUAUUUGACUAAUACUUGAAAUAUAUACAUGUACUUAUGAAAAAUGUGCUCAUUGGACCGAUGGUCUCUGGAUUGCGGUCUUUUAAAUUUAUAUGUAUAUAGACAGAUAUUUUUAAGCGAAGACAAGUUUUGGGAUAUUAGCACAAGUUCUGUUUUGAAUAUGUAUAGAAUAUAUAAAAUAUUCAAUUGAAUAUGAAAAUAACUUUGACGCAUUACCAAAGAAAUUACAUACAGUUUUAUUAAAAACUUACAAUUUAAUUACAACUUUUGAGAAUACAAACAGGGAGGUAUACGCGUAAUACUUUACUAAGAAACCAGCGUUAUUGUUUAUUUUGCAACAAAAAAGAGAUAUAAUAGAUGAAGUCAACUUUGUAUAUGUCAUUGUUAAUUACAGAUAAGGCUUAUACACAAAUAGAUUGAACGGUUUUAUUAUGCCAUCUCAUCUGUGUUUAAAUUGCAUGAAUUGUUUACUUUUUCAAAUACAUGUGUACAAAUGAUAUCGCUAUCUUUUGCAAAUAUAUAAAAAGAGGCAUUUGUAAUCUGAAAUUCAUUUCUAGAUAAUAUGACAUACGUAAUAAAAUGUUGUAAUACUUAUUACCUUACUUGUCGUGUAUUUAUAAUAAUGUAAAAUAAAUGAAUAGAUUUUUCAAAUUUUUCUACGUAGGUGACAUGCUUUUUGCUCAUGUUUACCCAUUAAGAUGAUACACUUAUGUAUAAUCCUAAUAAAAAGUUUUUCUGUUCUUUAAGCGGUUAAGUAAAAAUAGAUUGAAAGAAAUUAAUAUUCAAAGGGAA